AUGUGGUUGCGCGGCAAGCUGGGCGCUGUGCCGGACGCCGCAGGAGGAACUUCUUGCUGGCUGCUCUCGUGCUCCAUGGCGGCACCGCCUCCUCCACCUCCCCCCGCGAGAGGUGGAUUGUCCCUCUACGCAAACCUCCUCGACCCAGCCGCCGACCCCUCGUCCGCGACUAUAUCCAGCGCGCCAGUUCGCUACAAUCAAGAUGCAGCCGGCGCAGACUCCAAGGACGGGUCAGCGGCCAAGAAGCUCAUAGAUCCAUCCCUUCGCUUCCAGCCCAUUCGCAGACCCCAAGCCAAAUCCACCAAACCAGCCAAACCGAGCUUCCCAAAAGCCAUUCCAGGCGCGAUAACAACCGCAUCCGCUGCACCAGCAUCCGCUGCAACCUCGGCACCACCUCCAAAGAGCACUCUCGCAGACUGGACCGCGACCGAAGAAGACGAAUGGCGUUAUGGCACAGGCGAACGCUCCUACCAGCGCGGAGGCCGACGCAAGAAGAAGAAGAAGAACCAUAACCAGCCUCUUGAAACGAAUUGGGACGACAUCUACGACCCGUCAAAGCCCACCAACGUUGAUGAAUAUUUGCGCAGCGACGAGCGCAUCCGCGAGAUCCAGGACUGGAAGAGGAUGCUCUAUCGUCACCGCCGGCGCAGCAGCUCAAGUAAUGAUAGCGAAGAGGAAGCUGAUCGCCGGCCAGCAACGAACCAGUUCGCGCCGCCUCCGGAGUACUCUUUUGUACCGCCGCCCCCUGGCUCACCACCUCCUCAACCACAACCCGAGGUCUCGCCCCCCAAUGACACAACAGGUGAUGAAGCCUAUGCCCGUCGUCUAGCCAAGUCUGUAUCCGCCGCACCUCUUCCACCCUCUGAUCCAAGUCCUCCCCCUCCACCCCCAGACGAAGCAACGAUAUCUCGCGCACCGGUCCGCUACACUCCAGCCGCCGAAGAACCCGACGAUGAAGCAGCCUCUCCACCACCAACUCUCGGGCUCGGUGCCUCACAAGAAGACUCGACCGACACCCCUCGCUCCAACCGUCCAGGUCAAGCAGGGUUCGCCCAGCGCCUCAUGUCCAAAUACGGCUGGACGAAGGGUUCCGGGCUCGGUGCCGACGAAUCUGGUAUUGUCAACCCCUUGCGGGUACAAGUAGAGAAGCGCAAAAAGAAAUCGGACGCAGAGGGAGGCGGCUGGGCCGACCCUGCCAACCGGGCCAAGAUCCUCGGUGGAAAGCGCAAGGACGCAGAAGGAGAAGGCGGGAACAAGUUCGGCGGGCCCAUGAGCGAGGUUAUCGUGCUGCAGAACAUGCUCGACAAUAUGGAAGAUUUACAGGGCGAGAUUGCGAGCGGGCUAGGGCAGGAGAUCGGAGAGGAGUGCGGCGAGAAGUACGGGCGAGUCGAGCGAUUGUACAUCGACGUCGAAAACAGGCAGGUAUUUAUCAGGUUCACCGACCAAGUAUCUGCGCUUCGUGCUGUGAAUGAGCUUGAUGGGCGUAUAUUCAACGGAAAUACUGUGGUGCCCAAGUUCUACGAUACCGAGAAGUUCGAAAGAGGAGUAUACCGAUAA